AUGCUGAACACAACAAAAAGAUCUCCCAAAUACAAAAGGAGCAGCCCGGGAUCCGUGCAGUCCCGCAGCAGUGUUAACUUUCCCCCUUCAUCCCCAGACCUGCUGCCGGCGUGCGACGGGGAGGCAGCGACACUGUCCUUCCUGCAGGAUGUGGUGGACAUUCUGCUGCAGUACGUGGUGAAAAGUUUCGACAGAUCAACGAAAGUGAUCGAUUUCCACUACCCCAACGAGCUGCUGCAGGAGUACAACUGGGAGCUGGCGGAGCAGCCGCAGACCUUGGAAGAAAUCCUCCUGAACUGCAGGACCACGCUCAAGUAUGCCAUUAAGACAGGUAGGGCUGCACUGCUGGAAGCGGUAUCUCGUUGUGUUCCGGAGUGUUACAAAUUGGAGCAACCCUGGAACUCUGCUAUUUCCAGGCAGUUUCUGACAGAGCAGGGACUGUUUCCAGCCCUGGGGCUGUCGGAAAACCGUAGCAAAACUUGUCAUUUAUACUGCAAUGAUAUUACAAUGCAUAGAAAAAGUAACAGUGUAUUACUGUGGACUCCAGGUGGUCUUCCCUUGGUUCUUCCAGGUGUGUCUGCUCAGCUGACCAGCACUCGGCUUCGCCGGAACACCUCCGUGGGCACCCCGUUCUGGAUGGCUCCAGAGGUGAUUGCCUGUGAGCAACAGCUGGAUAGCUCCUAUGAUGCCAGAUGUGAUGCAUGGUCACUGGGUAUUACUGCAAUAGAGUUGGGAGAUGGAGAUCCACCUCUUGCUGAUUUGCACCCUAUGAGGGCACUCUUCAAAAUACCAAGGAAUCCUCCUCCAACACUACAGCAGCCUGAACUGUGGUCAUCUGAAUUCAAUGACUUCAUUAACAAGUGCUUAACUAAAGACUAUGAGAAGCGCCCAACAGUAUCUAGUCUUUUGCAGCAUGAUUUUAUUAAGCAGAUUGAAGGAAAGGAAAACGUGCUACAAAGACAACUUAUGGAAUUUAUUGAUGUUCAUCAACAAAUGGGAGUCACUGAAAAGGCAAGAUUUGAACGUAUUCAUACAAAGAAAGGGAACUACAGUAAGUCACUAGUUUCAAACCAAGAAGAUGUAGAUGAUUUAGCCACCUUGGAGGUACUGGAUGAGAAUACAGUGACAGAGCAGUUGCAGAAGAGUUAUGCCAAGGAUCAGAUCUACACAUAUGUUGGGGACAUUCUUAUAGCUGUCAAUCCAUUUCGGAAUGUAGACAUUUAUUCUUCACAGCAUUCCAAACUGUAUAUUGGAGCCAAACGGACUGCCAACCCUCCUCAUAUUUUUGCUGUUGCUGACAUUGGUUAUCAGUCCAUGGUGACAUACAACUCUGAUCAGUGCAUCGUUAUUUCUGGGGAAAGUGGAGCUGGCAAGACACAAAGUGCCCAUCUUCUAGUUCAGCAGCUCACUGUCCUGGGCAAGGCUAAUAACAGGACUCUACAGGAGAAAAUCCUCCAGGUGAAUAACCUUGUAGAAGCAUUUGGAAAUGCAGGCACUAUCAUCAAUGAUAACUCCAGCAGAUUUGGAAAAUAUUUGGAAAUGAAAUUUACUUGUGGUGGCACUGUAGUAGGAGCUCAGAUUUCAGAGUACCUCCUUGAAAAAUCCAGAGUUGUCCACCAGGCAGUAGGAGAGAAAAAUUUCCAUAUUUUUUAUUAUAUUUAUGCUGGUCUUGCAGAAAAGAAAAAACUGGCACAUUACAAAUUGCCAGAAUAUAGACCUCCCAGAUAUCUGCAAAACGAUCAUUUCAGAAUAGUGCAAGACUUUAUGAACAAUAGCUUUUAUAAGUCGCAGUUCGAAUUAAUUGAACAGUGCUUCAAAGUCAUAGGUUUUACACUGGAGGAACUUGGAAGCGUAUACAGUGUUCUGGCUGCCAUUCUAAAUGUGGGUAACAUUGAAUUUUCUGCAGUGGUAUCUGAACACAUGAUUGACAAGAGCAACAUUUCCAAUCCAGUAGCCCUUGAAAAUUGUGCAUCCUUGCUGUGUAUUCAGGCAGACGAGCUGCAAGAGGCCCUCACUUCUCACUGUGUAGUGACUCGAGGAGAAACAAUUAUUCGUCCCAAUACUGUGGAAAAAGCCACUGAUGUCAGAGAUGCAAUGGCCAAAGCUCUCUAUGGGCGCCUGUUCAGCUGGAUAGUCAAUCGCAUCAACACUCUUCUCAAACCUGACAAACAUUUAAGUGGAAGUGAUGAUGGUUUGAACAUUGGAAUUCUUGAUAUCUUUGGCUUUGAGAAUUUCAAGAAGAAUUCUUUUGAACAACUCUGUAUCAACAUUGCCAAUGAACAGAUUCAGUUCUACUUCAAUCAACACGUCUUUGCCUGGGAACAGAAUGAGUACCUGUAUGAAGGUGUCGAUGCAAGAGUUAUAGAAUAUGAGGACAACAGGCCGCUCUUAGAUAUGUUCUUGCAGAAACCAAUGGGCUUAUUAUCCCUGCUUGAUGAAGAAAGUCGAUUCCCACAAGCAACAGAUCAGACACUUGUAGAAAAAUUUGAGGAUAAUUUGAAGUCAAAGUAUUUUUGGAGACCCAAAAGAGUAGAUUUAACAUUUGGGAUUUAUCAUUAUGCAGGAAAGGUUCUGUAUAAUGCAAGUGGAUUCCUGGCCAAAAAUAGAGAUACUCUGCCAGCUGAUAUUGUGCUGCUUCUGCGAUCAUCUGAAAACAAUCUGAUACGACAGUUGGUAACGCAUCCUCUUACAAAAACAGAAUCUAUACAGAAUGGAGCCCCUGCCAUCUCAAGCUGCAGGGGAGGGACUGGUCUGGUCAAGUGCGAAGGAAGUGGUAGAGGCUUCUUUCAGGGUCCCCUCUUCAGGUUAGGGGCUCGGGACAGGGAGUGGAGUACAUCUCUUGAGUUGAGGACUGAACAAAAAGAAUCAGGUAACCUAGCACACAGUAAAAGCAAAACUACAAUCAGUUACCAGAUGUGGACCCCCCAGAAAUCAAUCAGUCGUACAAAGAAUGAAUCAGGAGAUACUGGACAUCAUCCAAGAGAGACAACCAGUAUGAAAACACAAACAGUCGCUUCUUAUUUCAGAUACUCUCUCAUGGAUUUGUUAUCCAAAAUGGUGGUUGGCCAGCCUCAUUUUGUCCGGUGCAUCAAGCCAAACAACGACCGGCAGGCAAACAAGUUUGAUAAAGAAAAAGUGCUCGUUCAGCUGCGUUACACAGGAAUUCUGGAGACAGCAAGGAUUCGAAGACAGGGUUAUUCGCACCGCAUACUCUUUGCUAACUUCAUAAAACGGUAUUAUCUCAUCUGUUACAAAACAAAUGAUGAUCCUCCAGUCAGCCCAGAAACUUGUGCUGCCAUCUUGGAAAAAGCCCACCUUGACAACUGGGUUCUUGGAAAAACUAAAGUAUUUCUCAAAUAUUAUCACGUGGAACAGCUGAAUUUAAUGCGAAAAGAGACAGUUGAUAGGAUUAUAUUGAUUCAAGCUUAUGUCAGAGGGUGGCUGGGCUCAAGGAGAUACAAAAAGAUAAAGGAACAAAGGGAACAAAGUGCUAUUAAAAUACAAUCAGCUUACAGGGGUUUUGUUGCUCGUAAAGAAUACCAGAAUGCAAAACAUAAUCAAAAAAUUGAAAAAUACAUCAUUAGACUUCAAGCAAUUGCCAGAGGAUACUUACUCAGGAAGAAGAGAAAAGAACUAAAUGAGGCAAGGAACAAAGCAGCAACAACAAUUCAAUCUCACUACAGGGGAUAUAAGGACAGGAAGAGCUUCAAAAGGAGGAGAGAAUCUCUUAGAAAGAAAGAAACUGAGAAUGCAGCAUCCUCUAGUGAAAAGGAAAAGGACAAAGAACUUCAAGAAAAUGAAAAAUGUACAGCCGGAGCUGUACAUUUAGCCCUUCCUAAAACAGAAGAAGAAGCAGCUAUCGUUGUUCAAAGCAAUUACAGGGGCUACAGAGCCCGUAAAAAAAUAAAGGAAGAACGCAAAAAAAUAGCAGAGGAAGAAUUAUCUGUUGUGGAAUAUCUUGAAGCACAGUUGCAGCCGGCUGAAGAUGUCACACUGGAAGAAGCAGAGAAUGAGGAGACCCAAGGAGAAGGUGUUGCUCUUAAUAAUAAUGAGCACACUGGGAAUGGUGACAUAGGAAAUGUACAGAAGCAAAAGGUAAUAUCUACUAAAGAAGAGAGAGCUUCUGUGAAGCAGAGGCCUGCAGUCGAGCAUUCUGAUGAAGGUGAAGAACAGGCAUCCUCGAAAGAAUCAUCCAGCAAAGCUUUUGUCAAAAUCACAGCUGAACCUGGUCCCCAGCAGGAGCAAGCUAACCAAGACACACUCAGUGCAGAUGGGCAAAAUCAAGAAUCUGCUGUGGUCCAGCCUGAGACCAACAAGGACGUGGAAAGAAACCAUCUGAAACAAGAAAUGAUACCUAGAGGAUGUAAAGGAAUUGUAAGAAAAGAGUCUCUAAGAGGUUCACGGAAGCAAGCUGAAGCAGAAAAACAAAGUUUAGAGGACAAAGAGAAAGCAGCAGUGGUUAUUCAGAGCAAUUACCGGGGUUACAGAAGGAGAGGACAACUCAGAAAAGAAGGGAAAUUACCUUGCAAAAGUCAAGAGAACACUGCAAAGGAUUCAACAGAAGCAGUACACAUUCAAAAUAAAGAUCCCCAAACAAAAAAAAAUAAGGAAAGCACUGUGACAGAGGCUGAGGGCUCUAAGACCCAGAAGGGAGGAUCUGAAAAAGAGACAUGUGAUUUGGCAGCCUUUUCACGGCAGAUAUCAAAAUUAUCUGAAGACUACUUAGCAUUGCAGCAAAAAUUAAAUGAAAUGAUAUUGUCGCAUCAGCUGAGACCUGUGAUGAUGUCCAAAGAUAAGCAGACUAACAACCAACAUUCUUCUCAUGUUUGUCAGUCAGUUGCAGCCAAAGUAGAAGACACUCGCCCACUGCAAAGACCCCCAAGGAGGCCACGGAAGCCCAAGACAUUAAAUAACCCUGAAGACUCCACCUACUACACUCUAAUACAUAAAUCAAUACAAGAUGAAAAACGGAAACCAAGAAAAGAAAGUCUGGGUAAGGUGCUAGAUUUAGAUAUCUACUACCAUGAAAUUUCAUCUACUGGUUCCACCUCAAAGGACAGCAGCUCUACCACAAAAAGGAAGAGACAUCCUGUUGAGCGCAGAACUUCAACUUUAAGAGCUACUGAGAGGUCAAGGGUUGCGGAGAGCCCCCUGGAAGAAAGCAGAGCGGAAGAUAAUCCCUAUGACUACCGGAGGCUGCUGCGGAAGACCUCGCAGCGCCGGCGCCUUAUCCAGCAGUUCUAACCCCGCUGCCGUUCGCUGUUAUUAGCAUCAUCUUUUUUAUCAUUUUAUACCACAUGCUUUCCUU